GGUGCGCCCGCCCGCCCGGGGCUUCCCGCUGUGCGGAGGAGGCGGCUGGGGCGCUGCUGCCUGCGCAGAGCUCCACCAGGGCGAGCGGCAGUAGCGGAGUUGACGGGGGAGUCACGGCUGUCGAUCCUGCGCCAUGAGGACAGGAGAAAGAAAACGGUGAGGCUGACUCUCUUCCUGAAGGAUCCUUGUGCUUCUUCCUAAUAUCACACAGUGUGUGCGCGCACACAGGUUCACGUGUGGAUUCAUUGUAAUGGAUCGCUACAGAUAUUUCAUCUUUAACCAGAAAAGUAUGGUUGUGCUGGGGCUUUUGCAGAUAGCCUGUGCUGCAGUGUGUGUCAUCAGUGGAUUAAUGGAUGGCACCUUCAGAACAGAAUCAGCACUGAGUAAAACCAGAGCACCCGUCUGGGCUGGAAUGGUCAUGGGUGUUCCUGGAAUUCUGGCUUUAUUUUCUUCCCAGAAAAAAAAUCCAGUUCUUGUGAAUGCAAUGAUAGUAGCUUCUAUAUUUUCUUGUUUUGCCACCAUCAUUGUAGUUGUCUAUGCUUCCUUAACUUUAAGCUAUGGUGAAGAAGAUGAGAUGUUCACACAUGAGCCAGUUCAUGUUAUUCAUACGAAGUUUGUGCUUGAUAAACUUGUCAAAGGAGCCAACGUAGCAAUGUUAAUUGCAUCUACCUGCAGUGCUUUCAUUGUGCUAGUUAUUGCUUACAUGGGCUGCCGAAGUCUUCCACGUUGUUCAUGUUAUGACAACGUAACUGGAAUGGAAUGGUUACAACCUGCUGAGGAUCCGCAGCAGACUGUGGAACUGGUUUGCACUAUGCAAAGUCAUGGGAACAGAAUCUUUAAUUCCCCAAUGCAGUUUCCAGAUCAAGACUUAGAUGCAGAGGAAGAACUAUCCAAACCACCUCCCUACAUCAGACUUGCUUGAAGAAUAACUAAGAAUUUUAAUGCUAAUAGACUGGAGAACUUACCUUAUAUUUUGCUACCUUUUUUUUAAAGAGGUUUUUAAAAAACAAAAUCUGUGCACUUUUUCUUGGAUUCGUUAAACAUGGAACUACUGAAUGCACAGGAAGUUCAGCUAAGAUGGCAGUGCAAUUGUCUAAGCACUCAUGGAUGAAAAGAUCUUACAGGUUCUUAAACUGAUUUAGGUCUUGCACAGUUAAAAUACCUCAUCUCUUCUGGGAUGUAUGAACCAGUCUCCUGCAGCUUUUAUACGAGACCUAUAUUUUAAGUCUAGAUGAUAAUGGAAUUUGUCUUGCAGCUUCAGUUUAGUAGUGCUAGCUUUGAGCAUUCAAAUGUGAAAUCAUAUUGACUGUUUUAAAAUGUUUGUUAAUGCAGCUACAUUUUUCUCAAAUAUAACUUGUGUUUUUCUGCAUUUUAAACAAGUUAUACCAGAAUGAAGGAGCCACUUGUGGUUAGACAUCAUUUCUUUUACUUCUGUGGACUGCACUGGAUAUUCAGCAAUCUUCUUCCAUCUUUCUUGGGGAACAGACUAAAAUGUCUGGUAUUAAAACUUGAAAUUCCCCUGUCAAACUAUGGAUUCAGUUUUGUGUUUAAAAAAAAAUCUUAUUUAUAUUUUAUCAAUGA